AAGUGUGCGCGCGACAAACAAUUAAACAAUUCCCUUCGAAUCAAUAGUAACAGUUUUGAAAAUAGUGCGAAGUUAAAUAUUGACAGCAAUCGAAUUCGUCGAUUCUGAUUUGUGAGCUGAUUGAGACAAUUUUGAUUGGAAAAAUAAAUCAAUUCGCUUCAAUGACCAGUACAAUUCAUCAUCCGGUUGCAAUACCAUCGCGUGGUUUGAUCAUUUGUGAAAUGGAAGAAGAGUCGAACGAACCGAAAACGAUUCUUGAAAUUGGCGGAGUUAGUCGGCCUAAACCAACGUACAUUCUACCACCGCCACGAGCACAUGCAUUGCCACCGGCAAUAAAUAAUCAACCGUAUUUAAGCCAUUGGAAGGCUCAACAUGACAUUGUGUCGCCACCAUAUCCAGCUUUCACGGAAUUCCAAGAACAACGAAUCGUUCGCAUAUCAAAUACCAACUGGACCGGACACACCGAUAAAAUAUCCGUCUCCGGAACAUCAGCAUUUACAAUUACAGAAACUGCCUCUGAAAAUUAUAGCCCGAGAGCAUUGAAAAAUCCACAUAUUGCAUCGUCACUGCAAUCAACAUCACCGUAUCAGAAGAAUGAGCCAAUCGUUGACUCGAUCGAAUAUAAAAAAACCGCUUGUGAUCGAGAGCGAACGAGAAUGCGUGACAUGAAUCGAGCCUUUGAUUUACUGCGUGCUAAAUUGCCAAUUUCGAAGCCGUCUGGAAAAAAGUAUUCAAAAAUCGAAUGUCUUAGAAUUGCAAUCAGCUACAUUCGUCACUUGCAAAGCACAUUGGAAUAUACACAGGAUCCGAAUCAAGAGCCAAUAGCCACAUACGAGAGCAAUUAUCCAGAUUUGCAUGCGCACGUAUGGAAAACGCACGGCCAUGUUCAACAGCAUUUAUCGGCACCAUCCAACAAUUAUUAUACAUCCUAAAAAAAAUACAAUCGACUCUGUCAAUCAUUUCAUACGACUCUUUUCUAAAAAACCAAAAUAAAAAGAAUAUUUCGAUUCUUCCAAAGAAUAAAACGAUCA